GCAUUAUACCUUGGCCACCUGAAGGGAACACGGAGAAAGACAGACUCUUUCGCAGAAACACAGAGCGAGAGGGCCAAAGCUAGCCCUCUCCCUCUUUCAAUCAUUUCUAUUGUCAAAGGUAAAAUUAAGAAAAGAAAAGUAAAAAUUCAAAAUAAAAAAAUCAAGAACAAGAAUCAAUCAUAUGAUUCUCUUUCCUCUCCAAUCUCAAUUCCUUGUAUUUGAUGCGACGAUCGCAUGCCCGGACUCGGGUCGAUUCUGUACUCAAUAGCCAAAUGGAUCCCAUCAGGCUCCAGAUCCGACCCAAUCCCCGAUCUUCCAAUCUAUUCUCUAAAACCAAACCCACCAAAUUUAGCUUCUUGUCUAUGCUCCUUGGCGCUUCUGUAUUUACCUUAAUUGCUAUCUUAUCUUGCUAUUUUCUCUUUAGAGCUCGGGGCUCUCUUGCUUCGCGUAAAACCUAUGGUAUUGUCAUCGAUGGAGGCAGUACCGGUACGCGGAUUCAUGUGUUCGCCUACCGAAUUGACGGCGGCAAACCGGUUUUUGAUUUCGGAGAUGGGGCAAUGAGGGUCAAUCCGGGAUUAUCGGCGUAUGCGGAGGAUCCGGCAGGGGCGGGCAGGUCAUUGGAGGACCUGCUGGAGUUUGGGAAAGGGAGAGUGCCGAAAGAACUUUGGGGAGAGACAGAGAUUCGGUUAAUGGCAACUGCUGGGAUGAGAUUACUCGAUUUGGAGGUUCAAGAGAGAAUUUUGGAGUCGUGUAGAAAGGUCUUGAGAAGGUCAGGAUUCAAAUUCAAGGAUGAUUGGGCCUCAGUUAUUACCGGCUCUGAUGAAGGCGUGUAUGCUUGGGUUGUUGCCAAUUAUGCAUUGGGUAGUCUUGGAGGUGAUCCUCGCCAAACAACUGGGAUUAUUGAACUUGGUGGAGCUUCAGCUCAGGUAACUUUUGUUUCAGAUGAGCCAGUGCCUCCUGAGUUCUCACGCACUAUUAAGUUUGGAAAUGUUACUUAUAGCAUCUAUAGCCACAGCUUCCUUCAUUUUGGCCAGAAUGCAGCAUUUGAAGCAUUUAGGGAAUCACUUAUGUCGGUAGACCAUGAAUCAGCUUCUGAAUCACCUGAGAAAGGAAUAGUUAUAGAUCCCUGUACUCCUAAAGGAUACUUGCAUGAUAUCGAAUCUUGGAAGAGCUCUCCAAGUUCAACGAAAAAGGACAAAUUUUUGUCCAGUGUUCACUCAAGGGGUAACUUCUCUGAGUGCAGAUCUGCUGCAUUAAUGCUUUUACAAAAGGGAAAAGAGACAUGCUCGUAUCACCACUGCUCCAUAGGAUCAACAUUCAUACCUAAGCUUCAGGGGAAGUUCCUGGCCACUGAGAAUUUCUUCUAUACAUCAAAGUUCUUUGGGUUGGGUCCAAAAGCAUUUCUUUCUGAUCUGAUUAUGGCUGGAGAACACUUUUGUGGAGAGGAUUGGUCAAGGUUGAAAAAGAAGCACCAAUCAUUAGAUGAUGAUGAUUUAAUGCGCUAUUGCUUCUCCUCAGCAUAUAUUGUGGCUCUACUUCAUGAUAGUCUUGGAAUUGCAUUGGAUGAUGGAAGGAUUGGAUAUGUCAAUAAUGUUGGAAACCUCCCACUUGAUUGGGCAUUGGGAACUUUUAUCUUGCAGAAUACUGCUGCAUCGAAUGUGCAGCACCCAGAUUGGAUUACCAAUAUAAUUGGUGACGACUCCCCCACAAUGAUCUCGCUAAUUGCCAUUGCUACAUUAUUGAUGUUUAUUGCAUGGUCUAUAUCAAAAUGGAGGAAGCCCCAGUUAAAGACAAUUUAUGAUCUAGAGAAAGGGCGGUAUAUAGUUACUCGUGUUGGAAGAAGUUAAUAAGCCAAUUUAAAUGAGGUGGUUACUUAUUUCCUGGCAUUGCAAAUCAGGAAGAAACUCCUUUGUGAUCAGAAUAAGCAUUUAAUAUGUUUAUGCCUCCUCAGAUUAUUUCCAAAUACCAAAUUUGCCUCCUAGGCAACACUUUCUCAUAUGAACGAUGACGCCGUGCCAUGCUGCUGAGUUUGUGCCAUGCUGGGUUUCAGAGAAUUUAGUGUAAGUAGUGAAAGACAUAGGGUAGAAGAUUAGUGCCCAUUUUGUAUAUAGCGGGAGCUCAAAAUCUCAAUUUCAACAUAUCAAAUGCUUCCUCGUUAUAGGAACUGCUACUUUAGUAAUAGUUAAUUGUUGUAUGAAAGGAUUUAUUUAUUGUUUCACCACCACGAUUUUUCAAAAUUACUGAUAUUUCCAGGUUAA